AUGAAGGACGUCAUCAAUCCACAACUACGAGAUGAACAAGCAGGCUUCCUGCAGAUUCAAUCAUGCAUGGACCAGAUUGCAACGCUGUGCAUCAUAGUCGAGCAGUCCACGGAGAGAAUGAUCCAUGGAGGACAGCUUACCAACAGCUUCCAGGUGAAGAGUGGAGUCCGACAAGAAUGCUUGUUAUCAUCAUUCCUUUUUCUCAUCGCCAUUGACUAGAUCAUGAAGACAUUCACCAGCAAAUGCAGAAAUGGAAUCCAGUGGACCUUGUGGAGUCAACUGGAUGACUUGAACUUUGCCGAUGACCUCGCACUUCUCUCCCACAGCCAGCAGCAGAUGCAAGAAAAGAUCAGUGUGUUGGCAGCUGCAUUAGCACAGGUUGGACUCAUAAUCCACAAGGAGAAGACCAAGAUCCUUAAGAUCCCUAAGAGCAACUUCAGCAACAUCUACCCAAUCACCCUGAAUGGAAGUCCCCUGAAGGAAGUACAGUUCUUCACCCACCUGGGCAGCAUUAUCGACCAGCAAGGUGGAACAGAUGUAGAUGUCAAGGCAAGGAUUGGCAAAGCAAGAGUCGCCUUCAUCCUGAUCAAGAAACUCUAG